AAAGAAGAGUCCGACAAAACUUCUCACAACACUCCGACACUUAAGAAAGCCAACGUCGCUAGUUUUCUCUAAACCCCGUACCUCUCUGACAUUUCCCCCCUUAACCAAGAUCCAAUACCCUCUCUCCUCCCACACGUAUACACGUGCCACGCACUUUCUCUUAAAUCUCUCCACACGUGCCACCACCCUCACUUUUUCCAUUUUCUCUCUCCUUCCUUUUCCUCACCCGCACUUUAUGUGUGCUGCAAUAACCCAAUAACUCUCCUCUCCAUGCACACAACACAAUCACAAAUACCACCGUUAUUCCUCCUUUAAAACCGCUUCUGGUAUUCCGGUCUCCGUUUUCGAUUUUCCGGCAUCGAUAAACCUCUUAUCAGCUUGAAAACAGCUUCUGGAGCUUUCUAGAGAGUUGAAAAUGGAGUCGAUUCUUGCCAGAGCGUUGGAAUACACGCUUAAAUAUUGGUUGAAAUCUUUUACUAGAGAUCAGUUCAAGCUUCAAGGCCGCACUGUUCAGCUUUCCAAUUUAGAUAUUGAUGGAGAUGCGCUACAUUCGAGCCUCGGAUUGCCGCCGGCGAUUACUGUUACUACAGCCAAAUUAGGGAAAUUGGAAAUCGUGCUACCGUCGGUAAGCAAUGUGCAAGUAGAGCCAAUUGUUGUGCAAAUAGAUAGACUUGACUUGGUUCUUGAAGAGAAUGCGGAUGCUGAUACGAGUCAGAGUUCCGGCAGUUCUCAAUCUGCUAGUAGUACAGGAAGAGGGAGUGGUUAUGGAUUCGCUGAUAAGAUUGCAGAUGGGAUGACAAUAGAAGUACAGACUGUAAAUCUUCUACUUGAAACUCGAGGAGGUGGUCGUUGCCAAGGUGGAGCAACAUGGACACCUCCUAUGGCAUCUAUUACUAUGCGUAACCUUGUACUUUACACCACCAAUGAAAACUGGGAGGUUGUAAAUCUUAAAGAAGCAAGGGAUUUCUCGAGCAACAAGGAUUACAUCUAUGUUUUCAAAAAACUUGAAUGGGGAUCGCUGUCCAUCGAUCUUCUUCCUCAUCCUGACAUGUUUAUGGAUGGCCGUGUUCAAGAGGGGGCAAAUAAGAGAGACGAUGAUGGAGCUAAACGUUUAUUCUUUGGCGGCGAGCGCUUUCUCGAGGGGAUAUCGGGACAGGCUUAUAUAACAGUACAGAGGACACAGCUUAACGACCCUUUGGGGCUUGAGGCCAGGUUGCAUAUAACUGAAGCUGUUUGUCCUGCUUUGAGUGAACCAGGACUCCGAGCUCUUCUUCGCUUCUUAACAGGACUGUAUGUCUGCCUUAAUAGAGGAGAUGUGGAUCCGAGGGCACAACAGCGAUCUACAGAAGCAGCUGGCCGUUCAUUAGUCUCGAUUGUUGUUGACCAUGUUUUUCUCUGCGUUAGAGACACGGAAUUCAGGCUUGAACUUCUGAUGCAGUCUCUCUGCUUUUCUCGGGCAAGUAUAUCUGAUGGAGAAAAAGCCAAAAACUUGACACAAGUUAUGAUUGGUGGACUUUUUCUGAGGUGAACUUUAUAUCUAACCUAUCAUUAGUCUACCUUCCUCUGUCAUCCUUGGUUUUGCAUAAUCUUCUUAUGUUUGUAUCUGGACUUAAGCAUCACACAAUAACUCGUAGAAGUCUCUGAUUUUUUUUUUUUUUUUUUGGAUUUCAGGUUGGUUUAAUAAUAGCUUGGGUGCCUGUUGCCUAAUCCAUUCAUUGCCUACGUUUGUUUUUUUUUUUUUUUUUUUUUGUGCUAAGCUAACUUCAUGUGAAUUAUCUCCCGUUUAUUAAUUAGCGGGAAUCAAGCUGCAGUAGCAUAUCAAAUCAAUUUUAGCUAAAAUUUCUAGUUUUGCACCUUUCUGAUUGCCUUGACUAUUUCAUUAGGCUUCCAAGUCUUUUGAACUUGAUAAAAUAAAAUUACUAGGGCUAGGUAUGUGAGGGUGUGUGGUGUAGCGUAGGGCAUAGGGAGGGACAAUUAUUUAAUUCUCGCGGGGGGGGGGGGGAGGGAGGGUGUUUGGAACUGAGAAAUGGGCCUGGGGCAGUCCCCCUGUUAUGUACUCUUUUGAGUUUGCUAUUUCUCAUUC